UCCGUCGUCCCUCAUCCCUCUACCCCCCCAAACCGCAGACUCCUGAACGCCGUUAUCGUCCCCUUGUUGUUAUCUGGCCAACUCCAUCGCCAUGGACAAAAAGGUGGCCUCUGACGCUUCGGCGACUCACGAGGAGGUGCCAUACGUGGUCCCGGCUACGAAAGCUUUGCAAGCUGACUCAGCACGCCGUGGAUCGACCGCCGUCAACAUCAUCCAGAACCCUCUCCAGAAUGUUUCCCGAGAGCAGGCUGUCUACGACGCCCGCGUGUUCGCCCAGACCCACGGGAUGGACGAGCACGCCGACGUUUUUGGUCGAGCUGCGCUCGUCGCGCGCGAUCCAGACAACUUCUUAACCAUCCCCGAACUCAGUGAGGAGGAACGGACCGCGCUUCAGUACGAGAAAGACCACAAAUGGCACGGGCCCAGGAUGCUUUGGUACUCGAUUGGUCUGUGUGCCAUUGGAGCUGCCACACAGGGCUGGGAUCAGACCGGGUCCAACGGGGCCAACCUGCAGUUCCACGAUGAGUUCAACAUUGCCGGUGAAGGGCGAGAUGAAUGGAUCGUCGGCCUUGUCAACUCGAUCAUCUUUCUGACUGCUGGACUGAUUGGCGCUUUCAUUGUCGACCCCCUCAACCACUACCUUGGUCGUCGCGGAGAGAUCUUCGUGACUGCUCUGUGCUUGACGGCCACGCCCAUCGGUUCGGCCUUUACACACUCCUGGCAAGCUCUGUUCGCGGCUCGCUUCAUCAUGGGCAUCGGCAUUGGUGCGAAGAACGCAACGGUCCCCAUCUUCUCCGCUGAAAUGGCCCCUCAUCGAAUCCGUGGUGCUCUCGUCAUGUUCUGGCAGCUCUGGGUCGUCGCAGGCAUUUUCCUUGGUCUCAUCGCCAACGUUGCCGUCAAAGACACUGGCCGGAUCGCCUGGCGACUCCAGCUCGGUUCGGCAUUCAUCCCAUCUUUUAUUCUCGGUGCCGGUAUCUACUUCUGCCCCGAGUCGCCUCGUUGGUUGAUGAAGCACGGCCGCUACGCCGAGGGCUUCCGGUCAAUGUGCCGCCUGCGAGCCCAUCCCAUUAUCGGCGCCAGAGAUUACUACUACUCGUACGUGAUCUACCAGGAGGAGAUCAAGGAGGCCCGCGGCGCUGGCUACUUCCGCCGUAUGUGGGAUUGCUUCUCGAUCCCGCGAAUCCGACGCGCCAACUACGGUGCUUCCACCGUCAUGAUCGCCCAGCAGAUGUGCGGAAUUAACAUUAUCUCCUUUUACAGCUCCAGUAUCUUCAAAGAUGCCGGAUACACUGAUUCGGAGGCGCUGUACGCGUCUCUCGGUUACGGUGCGGUCCAGGUUCUCGCUACCAUCCCGACGCUGUUCCUUAUCGACACCAAAGGUCGACGGACCCUAUGUUUGAUUACCUUCCCCGGCAUGUGCAUAUUCCUGCUCGCUGCCGGCCUUUCUUUGCUCGUCCCUGACAGCGCUAGCACCUCGGCGCAGCUGGGGCCAGUCGUGCUGUUCGUCUAUCUGUUCACCAUUAUGUACUCGUUAGGCGAGGGACCCGUCGCGUUCCAGUACUCCGCUGAGGUCUUCCCGACCGUCCAGCGUGAGCAGGGCAUGGCCUGGGCCGUCUGCAUCAACAACACCUUCGCCGGUAUUCUUAGUCUGACCUUCCCACGUAUGAGAACCGUUAUGACACCAACCGGCGCCUUUGGGUUCUACGCGGGCCUCAACCUGAUAGCCUGGGUCAUGAUAUUCUGUUUCGUUCGUGAAACUAAACAGCUCACGCUGGAAGAACUGGACCAGGUCUUCUCCGUUCCAACAAAGGAAUUCCUCAAGCACGAAACAACUGUGUGGCUGCCGUACUUUAUCAGGCGCCACAUCUUCCGCCAGGAUAUCCCCAAGCCGCCAGCGAUUAUCGCGACUGCCGAUGAGAAGCGCGGAAGCAGUAACUCGGUUGAUGCUUGAUGUCUAAACUAAUUCAGCCGUGCAUAAUUGGAUAUGGGUAAUGAGUAUGAAAGGCGUAAUAUGGAAUGUGAGGAGGGGUGUUUUUGUCUUGUCUUGGACCUCAUUGCGCGCGUACCCUGUUUCCGGACAAAGGGGAUUGGACGCUCGUUGAAUAAUAGCACUUGCAGUGCUUGGAAUGGAAGUAUCGAAAGGUGUGGUUACAAUAAUAAUUAAGGAAUCAUCUGGCUGAGCGGGUAAUGGUGCUGCCUGAUCCAUGCAUGUCUACCUGCUCCUUUACGCAGUCCGGCGCCGGCAGUAGAAGGGCCUGGCAACUCCGCUGCACUCAGUCCUAUGGUUUUUAGCAGUAUGCGAUUUCGCAGUAUUUGAUG